CUUUUUACAUAGCUGUCUGUUUUUGACUUGUUGUCGCGCACUGUUGAGGAGGGAGGUGAAAGGGUCGCGGGAGCGCGCAAGUUCGGGACUGCGCGGAAGUAGCCGGUGCGGUGGCCACAGGAUGGAGGAGGAUAUUUUGACCACCCUCAAGAUCUUAAUUAUCGGGGAGAGCGGGGUCGGGAAGUCCAGCCUUCUGUUGAGGUUCACCGAUGAUACAUUUGACCCGGAACUUGCAGCUACAAUUGGCGUUGACUUUAAAGUGAAGACAAUCUCUGUUGAUGGCAAUAAUGCAAAGCUUGCAAUAUGGGACACUGCAGGACAGGAACGCUUCCGAACCCUAACGCCCAGCUAUUACAGAGGCGCACAAGGUGUUAUAUUGGUGUAUGAUGUGGCACGGAGGGAUACAUUCACAAGGCUGGACAACUGGUUAAAUGAGCUGGAGACCUAUUGCACAAGAAAUGACAUUGUUAAGAUGCUGGUUGGAAAUAAGAUAGACAAGGAAAAUCGGGAAGUAGAUCGAAAUGAAGGGCUGAAGUUUGCCAGGAAACAUUCUAUGUUGUUUAUAGAGGCCAGCGCAAAAACCAGAGACGGAGUACAGUGCGCAUUCGAAGAACUUGUGGAAAAGAUCAUUCAGACUCCUGGACUAUGGGAAAGUGAGACAAAUAACAGAGGAGUUCGAUUGUCUAGUGAAGAUGGCGGUGGCAGAGGAGGGUCAUGUGGUGGAUACUGCUCAGUACUGUAGAAUUGUUAAUCGUUUGAUCUUCCUAUUUAAUCAAGCAGUGAUAGGUGUUUCUGUAUAUAUCCUGUAUCGCUCCUAUAGGGACCUUUUGGGAUUGCACAUCUUUGUUUGUAACCUAAAGAAACAAAUAUUUGUAGAAUGUUGUUAGGAAACUGUCUUUCCAGAGGAAUUCUAAGCAUGAAACGGUAAGAGUUCUUUUUUUUGUCAGUGGCAUGAACAAUAUAUUGCCUUAGCAAACACAGCAACAUAAAUGCCACAUUCAUGGUAGCUUUUUAAUCUUUUCUUAAUGACACAACACUGUUAAAAAUAUUUCCUGCUUUACUGUGACAUCUGUUUAAAAUUUACCGCUGUGCUCAUGGCCGAACAGAGGGUCUCUAUGGUUCGCUUGAAGCUUGUCCGUACAUCGUACUGAGGCAUAUGUCCAUUUCUCAUUUUGCCAAGAAGCCACAUGGCUACAAGAACUUGUUGUCGAUGCCCGUAAACACUAUAUUAUGCUGCUGGCGUUUGUAUGAUGCCCACCAUUGGAAUACUUUUUGCCUUCAACACAUUAAAACAAAGUCCCUUGAAACCUUCAUGCUAAAGCUCCAUGUUUGGCCCUGGUUGUACAUUUUUAACUCUUGUAUCAGCUGACAAAAAAUAUUAAAUCAUAAUCUUUCGGGGAGCACUUUGUGAUGAGCAUUUAGUUUAACUCUGUACUUUCUUAUUCUUAUAUUGUAAAGCAGUUGCAAGAAUUCAGUAUAAGUGGUUGUAUGCUUCAUCUGUUAAUAAAUGGCUUCAGCAAGCGGCACCUGGAAUAAAGCCGUAUCCAUGUA